AUGGAAUGUCCAAAUCAAUCGGCCCCACAUGACUUUAUCCUUUCUGGAUUUCCAUAUCCACGAGGGUUCAAGUUACCCUUGCAGCUAUUCUUCUCCAUCAUGUUUGCCCUCACCCUUUCUGGAAAUUCUCUAAUUAUCUUGGUGGUGAUCUCUGACCUUCAACUGCACAAGCCCAUGUAUUGGUUCCUCUGUCAUCUCUCCAUCCUGGACAUGGCCUUCUCAGCUGUGGUGGUCCCCAAAGUUAUUGCAGGGUUCAGUUCCCGAGGGAAAAUCAUUUCCUUUGCCUCUUGCGUUACACAGGUUUUCUUUCUGAACUCUGUUGGAUGUGCAGAAUCUUUUCUUUACACCUUGAUGGCUUACGACCGCUUCUUGGCCAUUUGUAAACCGCUCCAUUAUACCAACCUCAUGACUUGGAAAGCCUGUCUCAUGCUCUCUUUGGGUACCAUAAUUGGAGGCGGCCUCAACUCUGCAUUUCUGACGUCGCUCACCUUUCAUUUGCCUUAUGGGGAGAACAACUAUAUUGACUAUGUCUUCUGUGAUGUUCCAUCCAUCCUAAAGCUGGCUUGUGUUGAUGUAGAAUUCAGUGAAUUGAUGAUCAUCAUUGACAUGGGUUUUAUUACAAUGACCUGCUUUCUCCUCAUCCUAGCCUCUUAUGCUUACAUCAUCACAGCCAUUUUGAAGAUCAGUAGCAGUGAAGGUCGGCACAGAGCCUUCUCUACCUGCACUGCUCAUCUUACCGUGGUGUUCAUAUACUACCUGCCUGUGUUUUACCGUUAUAUGAGGCCAGCUUCUCAGGACUCCAUGGAUAGUGUGGUAAGCAUGUUCUACACCACCAUCACCCCUUUCUUGAACCCUGUGAUAUACACACUUAGGAACAAGGAAAUGAAAACUGCUCUGGUGAAACUCUGUAGUGGGAAUCCAGAAUAG